AUGACGAAGGAGACAUCAGUCAGUACACAGUGUGUUCAGUACAGUACACAGUGUGCAGGAGGCACCAGCACACACAGUGUGGCAGGAGGCACCAGCACAGAACACAGUGUGGCAGGAGGCACCAGCACAGAACAGGCAGGAGGCACCAGCACAGAACACCAGGAGCACCAGCACAGCACACAGUGGCAGGAGGCACCAGUACAGAACACAGUGUGGCAGGAGGCACCAGUACAGUACACAGUGUGGCAGGAGGCACAGCACCAGCACAGUAAAGAGUGGCAGGAGGCACCAGCACAGCCCACAGUGUGGCAGGAGGCACCAAGCAGGAGAGGCACCAGCAGCACAGUGUGGCAGGAGGCACCAGCACAGUACACAGUGCAGGAGGCACCAGUACAGCCCACAGUGUGGCAGGAGGCACCAGCACAGCCCACAGUGUGGCAGGAGGCACCAAGUGGCACCAGUGCACACAGUGUGGCAGGACACCCAACAGAACCAUUCACAGUGUGGCAGAGGCAGCACAGCACAGUACCAGUACAGAGUGUGGGGAGGCACCACACAGUACACAGUGUGGCAGGAGGCACCAGUACAGCCCACAGUGUGGCAGGAGGCACCAGCACAGCCAGUACACAGUGUGGCAGGAGGCACCAGCACAGCCCACAGUGUGGCAGGAGGCACCAGCACAGCCCACAGUGGCAGGAGGCACCGUACAGUACACAGGUGGCAGGAGGCACCCAGCAGUGUGGCAGCACAGUACACAGUGUGGCAGGAGGCACCAGCACACACAGUAUAGUACAAAGAGUGGCAGAGGGGCACAGUGGGCAGGAGGCACCAGCACAGCCCACAGUGUGGCAGGAGGCACCAGCACAGAACAGAGUGUGGCAGGAGGCACCAGGUAGAGUACAGUACACAGUGUGGCAGGAGGCACCAGCACAGCCCCAGUGUGGCAGGAGGCACCAGCACAGAACAGAGUGUGGCAGGAGGCACCAGUAUAGUACAAGAGUGGCAGGAGGGUACGGUACACAGUGUGCAUAG